AUGUUGUGCUGGUCAACCGAGUGGUCUGCUCAUCCAUGGUCUGCUCCUCCGAGCAGUGUUGUGAAGCUCAAUGCGGAUGCGUCUCUCGUAGAUGAAGGCUUGGUGGGACUCGGCAUUGCUGUGAGAAAUCAUAAAGGAAAAAUCAUCUUUGUGGCUACAAGAAGAACUCGUGCUUUCUGGCCUCUUGAAGUUGAUGAGGCUAAGGCCCUCUUCCACGCUCUUCGGCUGGGUAAGAAGUACCACCUCCAGCAUAUUAUCCUUGAGUCCGAUUGCAAGGUGGUGAUUGACUGUCUCUCGAAGGGAGCUACUUUUGCUGCUGAUAUUGGCACGGUACUCUGUAAUAUCCUCUCCUUGUGUACUAAUUUUAAUUCUGUCAUUUGGUCUCAUGUAACAUGUGAUGGUAAUUGCGUUGCUAAUUCUCUCGCUAAGCUAGUUCCUUUUAGAGUCGAACAAAUAUGGUAA